AUGGAGAAAAUGAGUGCUGUUGCUGAAGUAGAAACUGAGUUGAUAAACACAGCUCACACUAACGUACUGCUCCUGCAGCAAUUGUUUACUCAAGCUGAAAAAUGGCAUCUUAACCUAGACACUGAUCUUUCACAACUAGAGAACAGAGAACUAUUGGAAUCCAUUAAAGCCUGGGAAGAAUCUGAUGCUGCAAACUCAAAGAUAGAUGGAGGAUGGUUGGAGAAGAAGAAAUUAGCUCCAUUAAAUGAAGGAGGACCUGCUCAGCUACUAAACCUACAGAUACAGAAACUAGAGCAGGAGAACUCAGACCUAAGAACCAGGCUUAGAACAGUAGAGGAGCAGGCUUCUUCCGCUCUGGAGGAUAGAUCUAGGUUGAAAAGUCUCCUAGAGGAGAUGGAGAACAAGGAACCUUCUCCAGUAGUUCAAGAUAACAGUGAGGAGAUUAAACUGCUGUCUGAGACUGUAGAAGCAGUAAAAAAUGAAUUCUUGACUGAAAAACAGGAACUGGAACAUACAAAGAAGAAUAUGGAACAGGAUCUUACCAGUGCUAAACAUAGAUAUCUGGAAGUUCAGCACCAAUUAACCUUGGCUGAGAAGGAAUUGGAGAAAAAGUUCAGUGAGACUGGAGCUUAUAAGAACCUCAAGAAAAUGCUUUCCAGCAAAAAUGAAACGAUUAAAGAAUUGCGUCGGAAACUUAUCACAUACGAACCAGAAGCAGAAGAAGAAGAAUAAAGACGAAAUUCAAUGAGGCCUGGACCCCUUUCCUUACCAAAAUCUGGUUAUUGAGAACCUUUCAUUAGCGGUUAAUACCAUCUCAUGAAAAAUGGUCUUGUAAAAAAACAUAUUAUGGUAAUGUUGGUUUUCGCAUAACCAUUAACGGAUUUCACCUUAUAAGGAAAGUUGCCCAGGCCUACAUUCAAUAUUAAUAAACAAUUAUUAAAAACAUAAAUACUAUACAGGGUUGGCCACAAAAUAAAGACAACAAAGUUACAAGGUUUAAGGAAUCGAAGCUUUGUCACAAAUUAAAAUUUUUUAAUCGCUACAUCUUUAAACCUAAUGGCGUAAACCUUUGAUAUUUAAACUUUAGAUUAUUUGAUAUAACAGAAUUUAGUUUUAGAGUUCUACUUCUAAGGUCUAUUUGGGAGCAAAUAGGUAUUAAAACAUCAGAACUUGUGGCAAUAAAUAGAUCACUUUUUAUAAUCAAACAAUUCUUGAAAUCGGUGUAUUUAAAAAAAUCAAAAAAAGAACUUUUUUGUGAAUAACCUUGAUAUAACAUGUUAUGGCUUAUUGUGAUAAUUGAUUAGUAAACAAAUAAAUAACAAUCAAAAUAGGUUUACUACUUUAUGGAAAAGAAAAUUAAAAUGUAG